AUGGCCUAUGAUCGAUAUAUUGCCAUUUGUAACCCUUUACAUUAUGAAAUGAUGAUGAACAGGAAGGCUUGUACGAACAUGAUUGCUGGUGUAUGGACUGCCAGCCUUCUGAAUGCUUCAUUGCAAACUCUUUUCACUUUUAUGACUCCUUUCUGCACUAAUAGUAUAAACAAGUUCUUCUGUGAAGUCCCAUAUUUACUUAAGAUUGCCUGUUCUGAUUUAUAUGUAUUUGAAAUGGGAAUUCAAAUAUUUACUGCUAUGUUAGCAACUGGUUGUUUUGCCUUUGUCACUGUUACUUAUAUGCAUAUCUUCUCAGCUGUUCUGAGAAUUCCUUCUGUUGAAGGAGGGCAAAAGGCCUUUUCUACUUGCUUACCACAUCUGGUUGUUUUCUUCAUAUUUUUGUUUACUUCUUGUCUUGCUUACUUCAAACCUACAGCUGACAGUGAAUCUCAUCCAAACUUCAUAAUAACAAUAAUGUAUUCCAUUAUUCCAGCUAUGUUGAAUCCAUUAAUCUACAGCAUGAGAAACAAAGACAUCAAAGUUGCUCUUUAG